AUGCGUGUCCAUACCGUGGCCCAGCGAAACGCCAAGCCCCGAAAGCGGUUGUCAUGUGAUAUUUGUCCUGUCUCCAGCUUCUCUGAGCCUUGGGCUGUCCUUGACAAUGUGAAGGGUACGCCUCUCGCCAUCCCUACGCCUAAAAAACUGCCCGUGGAGGCACGGACGAGGUUGAGGACUUUGGGAUGUGAGAGGCAGUGUGCUCAUGCUAAGGACAGCGAUGACGAUGAGGAAGUUGUCCACGUUGGCGGAGACCACUUCAUGGAUGAGUUCUUCGAACAGGUGGAAGAGAUUCGAGGCUGUAUAGAGAAGCUGUCGGAAGAUGUGGAGCAGGUGAAGAAGCAGCACAGCGCCAUUCUAGCCGCGCCCAACCCUGAUGAAAAGACCAAGCAGGAGUUGGAGGACCUCACAGCGGACAUCAAGAAGACGGCCAAUAAAGUUCGCUCAAAAUUAAAAGCAAUCGAGCAAAGCAUCGAACAGGAAGAGGGACUGAACAGAUCGUCAGCAGACCUGCGAAUCCGCAAGACACAGCACUCAACGCUGUCACGCAAGUUCGUGGAAGUGAUGACCGAGUAUAACACUACGCAGUCCAAAUACAGGGACCGCUGCAAAGACAGGAUCCAGAGACAGCUGGAGAUCACCGGUAGAACAACCACCAAUGAGGAGCUGGAGGACAUGUUAGAGAGUGGAAAACUUGCCAUUUUCACCGAUGAUAUCAAAAUGGACUCCCAGAUGACCAAGCAGGCCCUGAACGAGAUCGAGACCCGACACACCGAGAUCAUUAAGCUGGAAAACAGCAUCCGUGAGCUCCACGACAUGUUUGUCGACAUGGCCAUGUUAGUGGAGAGUCAGGGAGAGAUGAUUGACAGAAUUGAGUACAACGUGGAGCAUUCCGUGGACUAUGUGGAGAGGGCAGUGUCUGAUACCAAGAAAGCGGUCAAAUAUCAGAGCCAGGCGCGCAAGAAGAAGAUUAUGAUAAUCAUCUGCUGUGUUAUCUUGGGAGUGGUCUUGGCUUCCACCAUCGGAGGAACUCUGGGCUUCUAG